AUGUGAAAAGGUAUAGUUAAUUAUAUAAUACACUUUUAAAACUCCGUCGACGCAAAACUGCAGUUUGACGGUGCGUAAACGAACUAUAAUGAAUUUAUUUUAAUAUACAGACAACGAACUAUACGUAUAGGUAGGUUAGGUUAUAUUAUAUAUUUUUAUCUGCGCUAUAUGUCGAGGCGGAUUCAAUUACGUUGCUAACGCGCGCUCGUUGGUAUGUAAUAUGUACACGAUGUACCUAUUGAGCAUAUAUACAUAGAUGCAUUAUACACGCGCGCGACGCAUACAGUUUAAGUGCACGUUUCGACAAUCAGUCACAUAUUAUAAAGUUCACGCGACACAACGCCGGCCAUUAUGGUUAACGCUACCGUAACGUAUUAUUUGCUCGUCGCAGCCACCGUGGCCGCGUCUUACCGCGCGUCCGCGGCUCGCAUACUCGGUGUGUUCCCGCACCACGGGUACAGCCAUCACAUGGUGUUCUUGCCUUACCUGCGGACACUGGCAGACCGCGGACACGACGUGCACGUUAUCAGCAACUUUGAUUCGUCGCAUCCGAACAUCACCGACAUCAGUGUCGAGGGCUCUAUGCCCAUGUUCAACAACAACGUCACUUUACCGGACAAUGCCGGGCACUUCGGCAUUGUCAGCGCGUUAACGGACAUGUUCAUACUGUACGGCUUAGCCAAGACAACGGAAGCCGUGUUCGACGCACCGGCCGUCCGGAGUCUACUCGACGACCACACCGCGUCGUUCGACUUGGUUAUCGCCGAACAUUUCAAUAGCGAGCUGCCGCUUGGUUUCGCCGCAAAAUACCGCGUGCCGUUCAUUUUGCUCAGUAGCUGUCCACUGACGCCGUGGACCAUGUCCCUGGUCGGCCAGCCGCAACAGAUAGCGUACAAGCCGUCCGUGUUUAGCGGCCUGCCGGAACGAAUGGACCUCGGCCAGCGGCUGACCAACACGGCCGUAGCGGUCGUGUCCGCUGCCGUGUUUCGGUUGAUGAACCGGCCUUGGAGCCAGAGGACGCUGAAAAAACGCUUGGGCCUGGACGUGUCCCUGGACGAAUUGGCGUCCAACGUCAGUCUGGUGUUGGUCAACACGCACUGGUCCUUAAACGGGGUAUCGCCGGCCAUGGCUGCUGUAAAGGAGACCGGUGGGAUGCAUAUCAUGCCUCCUAAACAAUUGCCACUCGUUAGUAUAUACAAAUGUAUUUUAUAAGUUAUAUUACUAGAUUAAGUCGACUUGUAUAUAGUAACGCAAAUGUCGCAAAUCAUUUUACUUCAAUCGUGGUUAUCAUGUUAAGUGUUUUUAAAUAUUAUAGCAUUAUCAUUUUCGUCGUUUGCAUUAUCCUAAGUAAAGCAUAUGAUAAGAUGUACAUUUUAUAUAUUAUUAGACUAAAAUUAUGUAUAAAAGAUACUAUAGGUAAUUUAAUAGAUACUUAGCUAAACUUAGGCUAUACAUAUACGAUAUAUAUUUAUUGCUAUUAUGUGAUAUAUAUAAUAUGUAAACUAUUUUAUAGUUUUGUCAAAUUAUUCGGAUCAUAUAUUUUGUACGAUAAAGAGAGUAAAAGAUGCAUUGAUAAUGUACGCUACUCUGUUAUAAUUGUAAAGAAAACAACUUAAAUUGAUAUUCUCAGCUAUUAAAUUAUGUCUCAAUAUUUUUAUAAACCACGUUAUAAUUUUUUUAUUAAUAUAAAUUACAUAACUGUA